AUGAUUAUAGACGACAGGAAAGAAAACAAAAAGGAGCGACAGCUGCCAGUUAAAGACACCCGCAUCAAGCUGGCAGGCCAGGACAAAGAUCCAGAGGUCCAGCAUUGGGUCAAGCCUCAGGAGAAACAGGUGAAUGGUGAUGGCCCCUUAAACUCCCCAACCAAUGACAAAAUGGUGCGAGCCGAGCUGGACUGGACAGUUCCCAUGUGUGUGCACCUACCCAUUGAAGUUCUGAACCUUGACCAGGCGUUUCCCUUCUUGAACACCACACUCGCUGACCUGGGCAUCGAAGAAUCAGCGGUGAAGGAGCGUGUGGUGUGGGUGGACACUAAGCGCACCCGUGUGAAGGGGAAGUCUGGGAAGCUGAAGGAGAAGGAGGUGACCGUUCUGGAGGUGCGUGUGAAAGCGCAGCACCCUGGAGAGCGUCAGUGUCAGGAGGUUCUCUACAGCACCGAGUCCCAUACCGAUCGCUCCUUCUGCAGAAGCGGGGUGGACAUCAUCCCGUGGAGACACACACAGCCAGCUGAAAAUGAACGCCAGCCAGUGGAAAUGACUCUGGCUUUGGACACACUGUCAGAGUCCAAGUCCAAUUGGCAGAAGACCGAAGAAAAACGAGACUUGCCAAGCGAGGAAUGAGUGGUAGACGUUUGACAGCUAGGCUAAAGCAACCUAACACCUCAGAUGACACUUUCAGAUUUUGGGCGUUUUAAACUGGUGCACAACAGUUUAAAUUCUGUGUGCUAUGCUGUAACUGAAGGAUACAUUUGACUUAUUUUAAGUGACCGUAUAACUGAAGUUUUGUGGGUAAUGUUCAACAAAAAGAGGUUUCAAUCUCUUGCUUUUUUUUGUAUUUUAGAAUAUUCAUA